AUGGCCAGUAUGUACAAACACUUAAUGGAGCAGGUGGCAGAAGCACCCGCAUCCAAAGGGCUCGGUAUCAUUUGUACAGCCGCCGUAGCCACACUAAUCAUUGUCGCAUUCGUCAAAUGCUUAUAUUAUCGCAACUGGCAUCCGUUGUCACGCUUUCGUGGUCCUCCCGAGGCUGCUUCAUCGCGGCACUGGAUCUACAGAGUGACCGACCGUGGCUUUCCCGAAGAGGACCUCGAAGAGCUUCAUAAGAAGUAUCAAACGCAAGCGCUACGCAUUGGUCCCAACGAGCUACAUAUUACCGAUGUUCACAAGUACAAGGUCAUAUAUAGUCAAAGCAAGCCGUUCCCGAAGCAUGCAGAGUUCUAUGAAGCUUUCAACACACCUCAUACAGUCUUUACCGAGAUCGACGCAGGAAUGCAUAAAGAGCGCCGACGACUACUGAAUCCCUUCUUCUCCCGAGCAGGUGUCUUCAAACUCGAACCCAUCAUCCAUGAGAAGGCCGAGAUUUUGAUGAAUAAGAUCCGGCGACUUGAGAAUAGUCACACUGUAAAUGUGUAUGAUGCUUUCAGAUGCCUUACAACUGAGGUUAUCAUGGAAUUCGCCUUUGCGAAAUCAGCAAACAUGCUAGAAGAGAGCGAAACCACUUUUGGGUCUUGGUUCCUAGUCGCCUUUGACGCUGUUGCGCGAAGCAUAUGGAAGAUGCAGGAGUGGCAAAUCGCUCGGAAAGCCUUGGGGGUUGUCCCCAUGAAUGUCAUUGGACUGGUGGAUCCCAAUAUCGUCAAUGUCCUCAAAAUGUUAAAUUUUGCCGAAAGCUGUCUCCAACACUAUGAGGUGCACGGAAAUUCAACGACUCAUCCUGUUGUAUUCGAAAAUCUAUCUUCCCUGCCGCACGACUACAAGGUCUCCGAGGCAGUUGACAUUCUGAUUGCAGGAGCUGAUACGACAGCAUCAAGUCUGACUGCUGGCUUUAUGCAUAUUCUCUCGAAUCCAGCUAUUUAUUCCAAGUUAGUCGAUGCUCUUCGAGAAGUGGACAUUAGCGUGGAUGAUCCUUCAGCGGCUCGACUUCAGGAACUAGAAAAGAUUCCUUACUUGACUGCCUGUGUGAAGGAGUCUCUUAGAGUGGCCAUGCCGGUGCCUGGCCGCCUACCGAGAAUCGUUCCUCAAGACCUCGCUGAGCCAUUCGUUGUUGACGGACUGGUCAUCCCGCCCGGUACUGUUGUUUCUAUGUCAACAUACACAAUGCAUACCAGCGAAGAGGUUUGGGGUCCCGACGCCCGCGCCUUCAAUCCCGAUCGUUGGCUUCAGCCGGGAGCGAAGUCCCUGGAGCAAUAUCUUUGUACAUUCUCCAAGGGCGCUCGAAUGUGCAUUGGUCAAAAUGUCGCAUACGCCGAGGUCACAAUUGUCAUGGCAUACUUAUUCAGAAACUUUGAGAUCCGGCUCCCGCCUGAUUUCCGUCCGCCCGAAAGAAAGGAUCUGUUUACCAUGGAGUAUUCGAAACCUGGUUUACCUUUGAAGUUCCGCAGUUUGAAAACAAGAUAA